UGAGAUAAGAACAAUUACCUAAUUAGCUAUCUAAUUCGCCUUUUAAAUUCGCCAAAAUCAUUCAAAAUGGGCCAAAAACAUACCAAAACCAACCAUAAUUCGCUUGUCUCAAUUCGCAAUUGAUAGGGGAAUUAGAUAACACUGGAUAAGAAUAUUAUAUCUAACACAUUUAUACAUACUGUUUAUGCACAAAUAUGCAAUAUUUCUAAACUACUCUAAAUUUCAACAAUUCAACACAAACACCAUAUGAUAUCCUUACCAAUUUUCCAAAAACCAAUACCUUUCUACUAUACUUUCUUAAUACGUGUGUCUAAACCUAAAAUGAGAAUAAAAUAAAGGAUGGAAGGAGUAUCAUAUUUUGAAGAUCUUUGUAUAACUCUUAAACUAUUACUUAUACUUUGUAACUUUUAAUUUUGUUUAAGUAUCAACUAUAUAUAUAUAUACUCCAUCCGUUUCAUAAUAUAAUGUUCAUUUCUCAUUUUUCACGGGAAUUAAGGAAAAUGGAUUGAGUAGUAGGAUUUCCAAAAAUUAUAUUUAAUGAAGUGUUUUUUUUUUUAUACUUUUGUAUUGAAACUAGUUAUUUAUUUUAUUUUUCUUUUAAACAAAAUCAAAAGGUAAUAAAUGUUCCUUGGAAUGGUGUAAACAAUAAAUAGGGUCACAUGUUUUGAGAUAAAAGUAAGGGUAUUUUGGAAAUUUUUUGUAGAAUUUUAGAUAAUUUAGUCCAAAUAAAUUGAUAAAAAAGAAAAUAGGCGCAACAUUUUGAAACAUGAAAAAAAAGGAAGGUGAGCCCUAGGACGGAGGGAGUAUAAGAAUGUCUUUCCUGAGAGCUGAGACAUUGCGAAAGCAGAAAGAGCUUGGCCGUCAAGUACCCAACAUCUAUUGCAUCAUCACUUGGCGACUUUUGCGGCGUAAAUGUUCUCUUCUCCGAAAUUCAGUAUUACAUCCUUAGAUGACUCAACUCCCGCAAAUAUCGGUCUUCAAACUAUCACAAUCUAAUAUCUUAUGAUGAUGGAGUCAAAAUCAACUUAUCAGUAAGUCUUCAUAAAGUUGGUUUUUAACAAGUUAUAAAAUCAUUAGACUGCCUUAUUAUAUAUACAAUCAAUCUUCUCUAAGAAUUUCCAACCAUAUAAACUAAUCCAUAUACUGAUAUACUACCUAUAAUCUCAAGUACGACGAAAUAUCCGGGUUAUUAUUACAGUAUUACUAAACUGCAUGCACAUAUAUAAACAAUAUUGUGCUACAAAUUUCCACGAAAAUCACCGGCCUUAUUUCAGUCAACACAAACAUUCUCUUAUAUAAACACCAAAUGUUUUUGUAUCAUUUUUGCAAACUUACAAAGAAAAACGACAUGAAGACUAAUGUUAGAAUAUUUAUCCUCUUAUUUUUGCCUCUUCUUUUAGCUACAAUUCUCUUCAUUUUACCUACCUUUUUGUCCCCAAUCAUAUCCAAAUAUCUUCUUCCAAGAAUAUUUUCUCUUCAUAAUCUAAUUGUUCACUUGUUAUUCAACUUCUUAUUUGUUGCACUUAUAGCUAAGGAAUGCUGCAGACAGUCGAUCAGCGAAUACGAUACAUUCUCUCCUAUUGUAGGCUUUGCUUAUGAGAUGGAGGAGCAUGGUGAUCGAAAGACGAGCAAAGAUGAUGAAGAAAACGUUUACAUGGAUGAUAAGGAAGGUGAUGAUGAUGAUGAUGGUAAGUGCAAAUAUGAUAAUUAUUAUGUUGUUUAUAGUGAUGAUGAUGAAGACGAUGAGUACUAUUAUGAUGGUUCUGAUGGUUACGAUGAGGAUGAUGAUGACAAUGGGAGUGAUGAUGAGAUAGGAUGGAGUGACGACGAUGAUGAGGAGGAAGAAUAUGAUUCUGAUUUAGAAACAAGAAUUGAGGCCUUCAUUGCUAAGGUUCUCAAUGGAUGGAAAGAGGAAUGGUUAAGCGACAACUUGAAAAACUAAUGCAUAUUUUGUGUACUUUGUUUUUUGUUUAGCUUCGUUCGGUAUCACCGUCAGUUUCCAGUUUUUGGUUUUUAUGAUUUUAGAAUCAUAUGAUAUAGGUAGUAUUAUAAACUUAAACUUGGUUAUAAUGAUAGUAAUCAUGCUAAUUUUGAAAACUGACAACUAAAAACCGGAAACUAUUUUUCGGGUUUUUAUAUUAUGGUUUUUGGUUUUCAAAAAAACUGAAAAAUGAAAACAGAAAAUGAUAACGAAUAGGCCCUAAGAUGAUUAUUGCUUGUUUGGCAUGUAAAUUAACUAGAGGGAUAGAUUAGGAAGUUCUUUUUAUCACUUCCUGUCUGCUGUUAUUUUGAGUUGUAUAUAAUGACUCAUGCUUAUGGAUGUGACUAAGUUUGCUCCUUUAUCUAGGAUUGAGAGGCGUUGUAUAUAUACAUUUGCCCCACAGGAUAUGUAGUAACUAGUAAGCUUGGUUUUUAUUUUUAGUUUCUGUAAUAUCGCUUGUUCUGUACAUAGUUUAUUGUAAUGUAAAUUACAAGCAAUUAAUUAUAGCAAGUUCUUCCCUG